AUGCAUAAAAUGGAGACUAUAUCAUCUUUGAGAAUUUUUGAAACUAUUCUUUUAAUCAUGUUCUUUGUUUUGUUCUUUAAUAUUUCUGGUCAAGCAGAAGGGUAUCUUCCUUCUAAGCAUAAGGCAAUUUCACAUCACUUAUCUGCAUCACAGAUCGUAGAAGCAACAACGUCUAAUCCAUAUGAUUCAAUAUUAAAAUUUUUAAAUUCUUCAAACUUUCCAAGUCGUGCAUCAUUUCCACAAGGCUUUUUGUUUGGUAGCGGGUCUUCUGCCCUACAGAUUGAAGGAGGAUGUAAUGAAGGAGGAAGAGGACUUGGUAUAUGGGAUGAUAUAGUUAUACAAAACAAAGAUGUUGAUAAAUUUCCAUUAAAAAUUGAUCAUUACAACCGAUAUAAGGAGGAUGUGCAACAUUUGAAAAAACUUGGAAUAAAUUCUUAUAGAAUGUCAAUUUCUUGGAGUAGAAUAAUGCCGGACGGAACCUUGAAAGGAGGUAUAAAUCAAGAAGGUAUCAACUUUUACAACAAUUUGAUCAAUGAGUUACUCGAAAAUGAUAUUGAACCUUUCGUGGGUAUCAUACACUUCGAUUAUCCAUUAGCUCUUAAGCAAAAGUUUGGAGGCUUCUUAAAUCGCUCAAUUGUAAAAUAUUAUAAGGAUUAUAGUGAACUCUUAUUCAAAACAUAUGGAGAUCGAGUGAAACAUUGGACUACAAUCAAUGAGGCAGAAGUCACAGCUAUAUUUCAUUUCAUGUUCAACCUUGAUAAAGUAUCUACUGAUCAGACAUGCAAAAAUACUAAAAUAUGUACACAAGCAUAUACUCUCCUUCACAACUUCCUCAUUGCUCAUGCUACCGCGUCAAAAUUAUACACAACAAAAUUCAAAGAAAUACAAAGGGGAGAAAUUGGACUUGCUCUUUCAUCAGGAAGAUAUGCUCCCUACAGUUCUAAACUAGAAGAUGUGGUUGCUGCACAAAGACUAAUGGAUUUCUAUUGGGGAUGGAUUUUAGAUCCAGUCUUCCAUGGAGAUUAUCCACAAAUAAUGAAAAACCUAGUGGGGAAUAGGUUGCCUAAAUUCACUAAAAAGGAAAAACACUUGUUAAAAGGAAGCACAAAUUUUAUUGGAAUCAAUUAUUAUACUUCUCAUUUUGCUAGACAUGAACCAAAUAGAACCAAGAUUAUGUUUGACAAUUAUGAUGCUUUAGCUGUUUCAGAAGUUUUUAAUGCAGAAGGAAAAACUCUUGGUUAUAAGGAUCAAUAUAGUGGGAGCAAUGUUUAUCCCGAAGGAUUAUAUAAUAUGUUAGUCUAUAUUAAGAAAAAGUAUAAAAAUCCCAAAAUCUACGUCACUGAAAAUGGUAUUUCUUCUUCAAAAAUUCCAAAUCCUUUGAAGGAUGAACACCGAAUUGCUUAUAUUGCUGCACAUAUAAACGCUACUAAAGCGGCAAUUGAUGAUGGCGUAAAUGUCCAAGGUUAUUUUUUGUGGGCAGCAUUUGAUACAUAUGAAUUUCAAGCAGGCUAUUCUGGAAAUUGGGGUCUUUAUCAUAUUGAUUUUAAUGAUAAUCUCAAACGCCUACCAACGGACACAGCUAAUUGGUACAAGAAAUAUCUCACACAUAAUUUAGAAAACUAA